AGGACUUCUUCAUGUUCAUAGCAGAUAUUAUGUCAUAUUUAUGACAGUGUCAUGUCAGUCUUAUGAUCAGCUCUUCAAAUAAAGUGUUACCACAUCUGUAGAUUGGUACAGAAAGUUUGGUUGAAGUGCAACUUCCCAGAGGAUUUUUAUCAAAAGGCAUGUCUGGAGUUUGCAUAUAUUAUUUUUUUUUUAUUAUAUAUGCGGAAAAUCUUUUUCAUCCAUUUAACUCUCCAAAGACACACAGCCAAUUCAAAUGCACCAUUAAAUCCAAUGGUCCAAAGUGACUGGAUCCAAACCACUAACUGUAUUUCUUCUUUUUUUACGUCAGCAUACAGUAUCAGAGCACGAGUCUGUAUGCCGGUAAACAGCGCAGCCUUACACUAAUAAAACUACUGGUUUCAUUUGAAUUUCAUUCCUUAACUUCUGCAUUCUCAAGAAUUGGUUUUGACUUGCAUGAUGUUUCUCAGCACAUUCAUAUUUCUCAGCUGCAGCAGUCAUACUGGCAGGUUAUAUUGGGCCAAAUGCAGCUGGUAGUAAAUGAGAUUCACAUGACGAACCACAGAGCAGCUGUAACAGGAAACAAGACUUCUCCUUUAACAGAGGGGCCCGUCUGCUGGGUGUCAUUUCUUCCUGGGACGUUAGUAACUCAUUGAUUGAUCCCAUCAAGGAUGCAUGUCUGGUUGAGUGCAGUUUUGCUCCUGGCAGCUGUGACCCUCUGCUACUCUUCAUCGGCCACAAACAGAUUGUGGGACGACUGGAGAACUCAAUAUGGCAAAGCUUAUGACAAUCAAACCGAGCUGAACUUCAGGAGAACAGUGUGGGAGAAAAACCUGCUGUUGUUGCUAAGACACAACCAGGAGGCUUCAGCAGGAAAACACAGCUUCACUCUGGGACUGAAUCAUCUCGCUGACAUGACAGCGGAGGAGAUUAAUGAGAGGCUGAAUGGUUUGAAGGUGGAGGAGCCUCUCGAUCUCAGGAAUGACACAUUCAGAGACACAAAUGACUCAUCACUUCCCACAAGUGUUGACUGGAGGACAAGCGGACUGGUCGGUCCCGUCAGAAACCAGGGCUUGUGUGGCUCAUGCUGGGCCUUCAGUGCUCUGGGAGCUCUGGAGGGGCAGAUGAAGAGGCGAACGGGUGUCCUCGUAAUGCUGAGUCCACAGAACCUGGUGGACUGCGGCACUAAGGAGGGAAACCUCGGCUGCAAGGGAGGGUACAUCACCAAGGCCUUCAGCUACAUCAUUCACAACGGAGGCGUCGACUCAGAGAGCUCGUACCCCUACGAACAUCAGAAUGGAAAAUGCCGCUACUCGCUCCAAGGCAAGGCGGCUCACUGCUCCAACUUUCACGUCCUUCCGCGGGGGAACGAGUUGGCUCUGCAGGCUGCGGUGGCAUCAGUGGGACCAGUUGCCGUGGCUGUGAACGCCAUGCUGCCGUCUUUCCAUCAGUACAAAGGAGGUUUAUACAACGCGCCUGACUGUAACCCAAAGCUAAUCAAUCACGCUGUGUUGGUGGUGGGCUACGGCACAGACAGAGGACAGGACUACUGGCUAGUGAAAAACAGUUGGGGGACGGCUUGGGGAGAAGGUGGAUUUAUCCGGAUUGCGAGGAACAAGAAAAAUCUCUGCGGUAUUGCGACGUUAGCAGUCUACCCAACGCUGUGAAUUCUACUGAGAUUUAUUCUGUUUUAAUUUUGUAUUGCUGUUUUUUUGAAAGAAGCACACUGUGCUGUCAGAGCACUACAGAAUCUAUUAACAACACUGUUGGGUAAAAAGGUUCUAAAGGCCAAUAUAAUAAAGUUUUAAAGGAUUCUGUUCUACUCAGUGCUGCAGGUGGGAGCAUUAGGUUCAAAUCCUGUGCUGGGGUCUUUCUGUUGCUGGUUUGCAUGUUUUUCCUCUGCAUGUCGGUUUUCUUCAUGUAUUCCAGCUUCCUCCCACAUAAGAAAAAACAUGUUAGGUUAAUUGGGCUUUCUAAAUUAAGGUACGAAUGGUUGUGUGUAUUUGUGAUGAACUGGCGACUUGUCCACGGUGUAUCCUGCUCACCAGCUCCCCUCCGCCCUGCAAGGACCAGUGGGUGUGGACAACGAGUGGAUGUUAGCUUUACAUCUGAGCAGCUAAAAUGCUCUGCAGAUGGAACAGAAACAUAUUCAAUUGUAAAAUUAGUAUCUGGACUCUAUAAAACUGGACCAUCAAACUUUACAAUGUUUUUACAUUUUCCAAAUCCCAAUUUUUGCUGUUAACACUUGUUAUGUGUCAGGAAUGACAAUUUUUCCAACACACUGCUUUUUCUAAGUACAGAUAAAAUACUACAAAAGGUUGAGAGUAAAUUCUUGAGUUUUUGAGGAAUGUUUUUUUUUUUUAUCAAAUUAUUCUGCAUACAUGGAACUCACAAACACUAGUCCCUACUGACAAGAAACUUGCCUGUUUGUCUUUAUUUAUACAAACCCAUCAGUUUAGAUCUAGACUGAAAUGUAAUUUAUGGAGAUUUCAUCUGAUACACAAACACAAAGUAGCACAUUAUUGUGAAGUCAAAGGAAAAGAAUACAUUGUUUUUAAAAGAUUUUGAAUGAAUAAAACUCUGAAAAGUGUA